AUGCAAGCCGUUUCCGUAUUCGUUCCGUUCCCAACAGUCAUUGUGACCCUUGUUUGUCGGCUGCUCAUUCUCCGGGUUCUCAACAAAUUCUACAUUUCGAGCCAUUCGAAGCAGAUUCAGAGGUCUAUUGCAAACGUAAUCGCAUUGCUCUUACAAAAAAACAAUAUUGAUGAUUCAGGUGCUCCUUGUGCAAGCUCUCGCUCCAAUAUGGACUUCUCUCUCCAGUUUUCUCUACCUCGCAACCAUGGUGGUGGACGGAGGGUCGUGCCCGCUUUGCGAGAACCUUCCUCUCCUGCCAUUGGUGUUCUUCACCGUCGUCAACUCCGUCUGCACUCUGCUCUUCAUCCCUCCCUACCGAAAAGUGGUACACAUGUGGUUCAAUUACAAACAAGGACCAACGAAAGUCAUUCCGACGAUAACCGUUCAGGCAUUUUUCUAA